UGGCUGGUAUGAAUCAUUUGGUAUGGUUCACAAGUUCAUGAACGAGAUGAUGCAUGUCAACCCUGGAUCUUUCUGGGAUGCAGAAGGCGCUGAGGUGUACACCGACGGGAUCAUUCAGCCGAAAGUCGUAACGUUCAUCCGAAUGUUCUGGACUUUCAAACCGACAAUUGAAGGGUUUCAUUUUUGCAAGCCAGUUUUGUUCGUCGACGGUACUCAUUUGUAUGGCAAAUACAAAAUGACCUUGUUGAUCGCGUCGGCAAUCUAUGGGAACAGUCACAUCAUGCCACUGGCAUUUGCACUUGUUGAAUCUGAAAGUACUGCCAGUUAUGAGUACUUUUUUGAACAUUUGCGUGAGCACGUGAUUUGCGAAAGGAAGGUGGCCAUUAUAUCUGAUCGGCACGCUGGAAUAUUGUCGGUUCUGAAGCGUCCUGAAUGGGCCGGUGUCGCCCACAAGUUUUGCAUCAGACAUUUCUGUAGUAAUUUUCAGACCAAGUUUAGGAACAAGGUUUUGAAGAAGCUGGCGGAUAAAGCAGGCCGAGCAUAUCAGAAGCACAAGUAUAAACGCUACAAGGCAGCGAUCGAGAUUAGAAGCCCAGAAGCGUAUGCAUGGCUGACUAAGCAAGAAAAGCGGCCUAAAGAAAAGUGGACAAGGGUGUCUGACAAAAAAGGGCAAUGGCACAAUGUGAUGACAACUAACUAUGCUGAGUCUGUCAACGCGACACUGAAGAAUAUAAGGGGGCUUCCGAUCACAUCAAUGCUUGAGGAAUUUUUGCUCGGAUGGUUAAAAUGUUCGACACGCGUUGGAAGACGUAUGAGGAGUUGA